GUCAAAACUCGACUACCUCUGCAGGCCUCGCCAGCGUCAAACCUCGUGACGCGCUGAGCUCAGGUCACGCUCCGCUGGCCGCCAUGUUGGAUCAGGCUAACCUCACCACCGUGGCGGCCAUGUUGGAGCCGUCUAACCUGACGGAGGUGUGGUUCUGGCCGAACGAGUCGUGCCUGGACCUGCACCGGGACGGCGUGGAGUUCAACUUCAGCGGCUCGGCGCUGAUGCAGGCCUGUGUGUGCGGGCACGCCAAUAUCACGCCGGCCGAGUACCGCGCCUGGGGCUGCACCUACUACGAGCCGCACACCGAGCAAUGGUUCGAGCUCGCCGUCUGGAUCUCCUACAUCUCCAUCAUGCUGCUCUCCGUGGUCGGCAACAGCCUGGUCUGCUACGUCGUCCUCGCCUGUUCGCGCAUGCGCACAGUGACCAACUACCUGCUGGCCAACAUGGCUGCCGGAGACCUGCUGAUGAGCAUCCUCUGCGUGCCGUUCACGUUCCCGUCGGUGAUCCUGCUGCGUCACUGGCCGUUCGGCUCGGCGAUGUGCUGCCUGGUCUCCUUCACCCAGGCGGUGUCCGUGUUCGUGUCAGCCUUCUCCCUGAUCGCCGUCAGCAUGGACCGCUACCGGGCCAUCGUGUUCCCGCUGCGACCGCGCGUCACCCGGCCGCACGCCCGGCUCAUGAUCCUGCUCAUCUGGCUGCUCUCGCUGGCGGCCUGCGUGCCGAUCGCGGUGACGUCGCGCACUCUGACGCCGUCCUCGCCGCGGUACGUGCUGGGAGAUCUGCGGGUGUGCCAGGAGGUAUGGCGCAGCGCCGGCCGCCAGUACUACAGUCUCACAGUGAUGACGCUGCAGUACUUCCUGCCCGUCCUGGUGCUCGGCUACACGUACGGCAGGGUGGCCGUCGAGGUCUGGGGCAGGAGCUCCAGCAGCCUCUUCGAGCAGCGCGACCCGCGCGAGGCCAGACUCGUCCGCACGCGCAGAAAGGUGGGUCAGGGACUGCACAUACGCAGAAAGGUGGGUCAGGGGCUCUGCACACGUUGAAAGGUGGGUCAGGGACUCCACAUACGCAGAAAGGUGGGUCAGGGACUCUACAGUGACAUUCAACACCCGCCGAAAUGCGGCUGUGUAAGACAAGAUAGCUGAGAAACCCAGGGUCCAUGGAUCUAUAAGAAGCCAAGAUGAAAAAUCAAUCAGGAGUUCAACAGUAAGGACGUAGGCGUAAAAAGAAAGUGGGACCGCUUUCAGUCGAAAGCGGUUGAAAAGCGAUGCUGGCUUGACAGUACUAAUGGCGUGAAAACAGAACCAAUUAAUUAAU